UAUAAGGAUGCAUUCUGAUAUUGUGACACAUAACACAAACACAAAUUACAUAGCCUCAAUAAUCUGAGAGAGAAACAAAAACAAUGAAGGUUUCCAUUGCCAAGUUCCACUCCCUUCCCCUAUGUUUUUUCCUUCUCUUGGCCUUCAACACAAAACCCCUCCUAGCAGCAGAACCAGAGCCAGUGGUUGAUAAGCAAGGGAACCCUUUGGAGCCAGGAGUAGGGUACUACGUGUGGCCACUUUGGGCUGAUGAAGGAGGCCUCACACUAGGCCAAACAAGGAACAAGACAUGCCCUCUUUAUGUUAUCCGUGACCCUUCAUUCAUUGGCACCCCAGUUUCAUUCUUAGCACCAGGCCUUGACCAUGUUCCAACACUCACUGAUCUAACCAUUGAUUUCCCUGUGGUGACAGUGUGUAACCAGCCAACAGUGUGGAGGCUCAACAAGGUAGGGUCAGGGUUCUGGUUUGUGAGCACCAGUGGUGACCCUAAUGAUAUCACUAGCAAGUUCAAGAUUGAGAGGCUUGAAGGGGAUCAUGCUUAUGAGAUCUACAGCUUCAAGUUCUGCCCCAGUGUGCCUGGUGCGCUGUGUGCUCCUGUGGGGACUUUUGAAGAUGCUGAUGGAACCAAAGUCAUGGCUGUGGGGGAUGAUAUUGAGCCUUACUAUGUGAGGUUUCAAAAAGUCUCCAUCUUUGGUCAAGACAAGAAACAACCUUUUAGCAUUUUGUAGGUUGGUUUGUGCCUAGUGUAAUAGGUAGAUGCGGGUCAUGACUCGGAAUAAUGAGCUACUAGAAUGCAAUGCAACUGUUUCCUUGGUGUGCCUGUGUGAAAGAAUCGAAUAACAAGUUUAUUGAUCUUUUAUUUUUUUUAAAA